AUGGGAGAAGUGGUAGAUCAUACGAAGCUGGUGCUCGAUCUUCUGAAUAAGCAGCGGUUAGAGCGCGAUGGCUCUUCCUGUGAUGUGUAUCUCUAUUCCAAAAACGAUGAUUCGAAGCAGUUGGCGCCCAUUCGAGCUCACCGGAGUCUCCUGUCACUUAACCCCACCAUUUACAAUAUGCUCAACAAAGGCAACCACGGAGAGUGGGAAGCUGAAUUGGAUGUCUCUUACGAUGUCUUGGAUUCGUUGGUUACCUACAUGUACACAGGAAACAUCGAGUUCAAGAAAGAAACAGUAAUCAACAUCAUCCAAGCGUCGACAAAAUACAGUAUGGAGCGGCUUUGCACAAAAGCACGCGAGUACCUCAACAGCCUGACCCUCAAUGCCUUCGACGCAUCACAGCAGAACCACGCCAAGGCGAAUCCAGUGAACGCGAUUGUCGAGCGAGAAGCGGCGAACAAAAUGUACAAUCCGGAAUUCGGACUCGAUCCAAAUCAAUACUACUGGCUCAGUCCAGGAUCUCUUUACCUCCUCUCCAAGUGUCCGAUCUCUACGUAUUUGGAAUUUCUCCCAGUUUGUGUUAUGUGUCAGGUUCCUGUUGGCAACCCAAGCGCUCAAAAUGAAAUGCUGUUCUUUCAACAACAGAUGCCUGGGCACGAGCAUUCAUGCCACCGAGAUAUUCUGCUCUGCCGACGGAUCAAUUCCGGAACUAACUGGAGCCGCGUACGAAGCAUGCCUUACCACGCAGCACGCAUUGAUGGGCCAUCGUAUGUCCAGUUCCAAUUGUGCAAGGAAAUCAUGGAUGCGAAACCCUGUAGCUACGGUGACAACUGUACAUUUGCACAGUCCGACAUCGAACUCGACGUCUGGAACUCCGAAAAGCGAGGCGAGUUUAUGCGUGCUUGGGUCACCAACAACUGGACACCUGCUGACUCUCUUCCUUAUCUCAAAGGAAUUCUCAGUCGAUACGGCGGUAGCUUUGGUUUUUCGAAUGUCUCUACCGACCCUAAUCGACCGAAGAGACAAUUGUAUCACAAGCGUGAGGUGCGCAUUCGUGAUCCACGAAACUGCAAGACUGAGAUUUGCUGGCAUGAGCAGCGCGAUCCCGGUUCUUGCAAAGUAAAGGACACAUGCCACUUCGCGCAUUCUGACUUGGAGCUCGAAGUUUGGAUGCUUCUCCGAUCAAGCUCUAUCUCAGCCCAGCAACUUGUCGCUUUUUCAGAGAACGGAACACUUGGCAACAAGCGCAAGAAUCCGGACAUCAACAACGAAAUGAAUGAUGUAUCAACUCUUCCAAUCGACGAAUUCGUCCGGGAGAUCCAAGUCAAAUGCUGCAAAUGUGUGCAAUCGAUGGGCCCUGAUGCUCCAAUCUGCAACACCACGACCCAGGGCCACGGGCAACAGAAGACACUCAUCAUCAAAGACGGCCAAGCGAAUCAGCACCUGGUGCGCAACCUGUUUGGUGUCUUCAAGAACCAGAGUCUACCGAAGAAAUUUCUGAUGUGCCAGAAUAUGCGCGAACGGAACGAGUGCCAUUACCAAAACGCCUGUCUGUUCAGCCACUCGCCCGCGGAAGUCUGUGUCUGGCGCUUCCAGAAAGAACGGGAAAUUCGAAAUCAAGACGAACUCUACCGCGCGAUCCUCGACGAAUGUCAGAACGGCCCCACCGAGCCAAAGCGCAGCUUUUAUUAA